CUUUCAUUCCCUCUCUUUGCCCUUACCAUCCCCAUUCCCCGCUUUCUCACUUUCUCGCCUCAUUUUCCCGAGAAAAAACUCCGGGAAAAUUUCUGGAAACGAGAAGAAAUCCAUAUUCUGCAUCCUAUACAGAUGCUGUAUUGUUGGUGGCAGUGAAUAGAGGCUUGUUUUGAUUGAUUUUUCAUGCCGCUGGAACCGAUACCGUUGGAUCGAAAGAACUCGUAUAGGGAGCGGAAGCAAGGGAGUUCUGAGUCUUUAGGAUCAGUGGCUAGAUGGAGAGGCUCGUCUUCUCAUCAUCAUCAACGCCGUGCUGCCGAUUUUCGAAGAUUUGCAGGUCAUCAUCGUAAGCAAGGUGGUUGGCAGUUAUUUCCAGAAGAAUCUGGUCAUGAGCGCAUGCUUUCUCGAUCCUGUGACAAGAUGCUGGAGGAAGAUAACUGUCGGCCAUCAGUCUCUCGAGGGGAUGGAAAGUAUGGAAGGGGUAAUAAGGAAAGUAAAGGAGCCUUUAGCCAGAGAGAAUGGAGAGGGCGUUCAUGGGAAACCACAAACAGCUCUCUGAAUACAUACAGGAGGCAAAUUGAUGUCAAUAAUGACCGUAGGUCAGUCGAUGAUAUGCUAACAUAUUCCUCUCAUCCAAAUUCUGACUUAUUAAAUACUUGGGAACAGCAUCACAUGAAAGACCAGCAUGAUAAGAUGGGCGGUGUUAAUAGGUUUGGUUCAGGCCAGAAAUGUGAUAGGAAUAAUGCUCUGGGUACAAUUGACUGGAAGCCCCUUAAAUGGACCCGACCUGGAUACUUAUCAUCACGAGAAUCAGGCUUAAGCCACUCAAUUAGCACGAGGAGCUUAGGAGGGACAAAUUCAAAGAGAAGCUGUGAAGGGAAGGUUGGGUUGCACCACAAAAUUGCAACUGGUGUUGAGUCAAAUUCAGGGGAAGCUGCUAGGCUUCGUACGUCUUCUGCUCCAUCUGAAGAGGCAAAUUUGAGGAAGAAGCCUAGACUAAAUUGGGGUGAGGGACUUGCAAAGUUUGAGAAAAAGAAAGUUGAGGGGCCUGAGGUAACUUUAAACAAAGAUGAUCCUGUUUCACCUUUUAAUAUGGAACCCAACAAUUUCCUCAGUCCCGGCUUAGUAGAUAAAAACGCAAAAGUUUCAGGAUUUUCAGAUUGUGCCUCUCCCGCAACUCCAUCUUCUGCUGCCUGCAGCUCUUCACCAGGUACAGAUGAUAAAUUGUUUGGAAAUGCUGCAAAUGUGGACAGUGAUGUUAGUAACCUGCGUAGUUCACCUGGUCCUGGGGGGAAAAGUCAUCUGCAGAUGUUUUCUUUCAAUUUAGAGAAAGUGGAUAUUGACUCAUUGUCUAGUUUGGGCUCUUCACUUGUUGAGUUACCUCAGUCUGAUGAUCCUUGCUCUGUGGAUGAUAGUUUAUUAAGAUCCACCACAAUGAAUAAAUUACUGACGUUAAAAGCUGGCAUUUCAAAGGUAUUAGAGGUGACUGAAACUGAAAUUGAUUUACUCGAAACUGAACUUAGAUCUCUAAAAUCUGAAUCUGAGGGUAGAUUUCCGUGUUCAGCAGCAGUUGGCUCUCUGAUGUGUUACAACGUAAACUCUUGUGAGGAACAUGUUGGAAGCACUGACAAGGUUGCUCGUCUAGAACCAUUGCAAAUUGUAUCUUCUGAUGAACCUAUUGUGGAGAUGGCUGUUGUGGAGAAGAUGCCUCUUUCUACUAACUUGCUUGAUAUACAUGAUAAUUGCCAGGAAGAUGAUAAUGACUGUCAUGGUGCUGCAAGGUCUGAACUUGUUGAGCCUCUGCCCAUGAUGAAUGCAGUUUCUGCAUGUGAUGCGGGGUAUGGUACAUGCUCUGAAGACUUGGGUCGAAUUCAAUCAACGACCGUACAAUGCUUAAUUCCCUGUACUUAUAGGCAUGUUGCCGAUGUCUCUGCUUGUGGUGAUAGUAAUUCAUCUUUGGAGGUUAAAGAUGGUGUGGAUGAUAAGUCAAGUGAAAGAUUCUAUUCCAGCACUGAGAAUAUUUUAUAUGAUACAAUUAUUUCAUGCAAUAAAAAAUCUGCAAAAGCAGCAUGGGAAGAAAUUGCUAAGUUAUUGCCUGAAGAAUGUGGCAAGAAGUUCUACGACAAUAUUGGAGUUAGAAGUGCCUCAUGCUCUCAAAAUGGUGUAUUCAUUAUGGCAAAAUUUGAGGAGAAACGGCGAUUUACAAGACUGAAGGAGAGGGUUAUAACGCUUAAGUUUAAAGCCUUGCAUCAUUUGUGGAAAGAAGAUAUGCGCUUGCUGUCUGUUCGUAAACACCGCCCAAAAUCUCACAAGAAACUUGAAUUAGAUCUACGCACUACCAGUAAUAGUCAUCAGAAGAAGCGGUCUUCUAUUCCCUUUCGUUUUCCUUUCCCUGCAGGAAACCAACUGAGAUUGGUCCCAACAUCUGAGAUGAUUAACUAUACAAGCCAACUGCUUUCGGAAUCCAAACAUGAAAUUCAAAGAAGCUUCUUGAAGAUGCCAGCAUUAAUUUUGGAUCAGAAGGACAAAAUGAAUUCAAUGUUUUUAUCAAGUAAUGGGCUGGUUGAAGAUCCAUUGGCUAUUGAGAAAGAAAGGGCCAUGAUAAACCCUUGGACUUCAGAAGAGAAAGAGAUUUUCUUGGAGAAAUACGUGGCGUUUGGAAAAGAUUUUCGGAGAAUUGCUUCUUUCCUAGACCACAAGACAACGGCUGACUGUGUUGAAUUCUAUUACAAAAACCAUAAGUCUGAUUUUUUUGUGAAAAUUAAGAAAAAAAAUGAUGACAAGCUAGGUAAAUUUUGUAAAACCAAAGCCGACUUGAUGGCAUCAGGUAUAAAAUGGGAUUCAGAAGUGAAUGCUUCUUCACUUGACAUUUUGAGUGCAGCUUCAGUGAUGGCAACCCGCAUUGCAGGUAAUCGGAAGAUGCGUUCGGGAAGUUCCCUUUGGAGGGGAUAUGGUAAUGUGGUCAAUUCUAAGGGUGACAAUAUCAUUACACAGAGGAUGGACAGUGUUGACGUUCUUCAAGAUGAAAGAGAGACUGUUGCAGCUGAUGUAUUGGCUAGUAUAUGUGGUUGUAUUUCAUCUGAGGCAACAAAUUCCUGUAUAACAAGUUCAGUUGAUCCUGUGGAAGAUAACAGGAUCAGGAAGUGUGUGAAAGUGAGGUCUGUAUGCAAACAAACUCCAAUGGAUGUUACUCAGAAUAUUGAUCAUGAAACUUGUUCCGAUGAGAGCUGUGGUGAAAUGGAUCCUACUGAUUGGACGGAUGGGGAGAAGGCAUCCUUCCUUCAGGCUGUAUCAUCUUUUGGAAAGGAUUUUGCAAUGAUUGCACAGUGUGUCAGAACAAGAUCCCAAUACCAGUGCAAAGUUUUUUUUAGCAAGACUCAGAAACGUCUAAAAUUAGAUCUCAUGGGUCCCAAACCUGAAAAUGUUGGAUCACUGGUGAAUGAUGAUGUGGAUGGUGGCAGGAGUGAUGCAGAUAAUGCAUGUGCUGGACAGACAGGUUCUGUCAAUGGCACUGAUACGUCAGGCACUAAAACAGAUGUAAACCAGCCUGCAUCAGACAAGAACAUGUAUCACGAUGAAUCCAAUCCUGUAGAAGCUAGCAACCUGUCAGCUGAGUUAGAUGAAUCAGAGGAAACUAAUGGGAAAGUAGAUCAUGAAGAUGUAAAUAUGGUUUCUAAUCCAUGUGUUAUUGGUGGUGAGUCGAAACUGGGAAUUGAUGGUGAUGCAGUUGUCUUGAACAGUUCUGAUAAGUCUGGUUCUGUCCGGGACCAGAGAGCCAUAGUUCUGUCGGAUAGCAUAGAAAUUGGAGAAGUUAAGACUAGUGAAGGGGAAGGUGCAGUUAUAGAAUUGGUGUCUGAUAUGGAGACAGUUUCGGAUAGCACAGACAUUAGAGAACCAAGUGAAGGGAAAGGUGGAGUUACAGAAUUGGUGUCUGAUAUGAAGACAAUUGAACCAUGCCACUCUUAUUCUGUUGCUGAGGGUAGACUGGUUUCUGAUGUUUCUUCCAGGCAUUGGGGAAAUGAAUUGGAGGGUUCAACUAUAUGUCUAGUUGACAGAGAUGAAGCUAAUACCGAUGUUGUAAUUGAGUUGAAAGACAACGUCCACGAUUCAAGCACUCCGGUGAAUACUUCACUAUCAUCUGUGGAAGUUUCUUGUUCAAGAUUGGGUGUUGAUGUUGAAAAUGAGCCCCAACUACCCCUUGAAAAACCUCAUUUCUCAGGAUCGUCAGUGGGUCCUCUUACAAAUGCAAAUUCAAUAUUGCAAUAUACUGAUGGUGCUGCUGUGCAAUAUAAGAAAACUGCUAGCCAAGAUCUACUGUCUUGUGAUAUUCAGGGAAAUCGAGAUACGAGUGGUCAUAAUUCCAGUAGCAACCUUGGUUAUCAGCUUUGUAAUCCUGGGAAUUUAUUGGAUGAUGUUGAGCCUGCUAGAAUCCUUCAAUGCUAUGAUUUGCAAGUGUCUCCUAAGAAGGAAGUGAAUGUGAAUAUGAGCUGCAGCAGUUCAGCAACCCAGUUAACGCUUUUGUCCCAAAAGAUUGAACAUGAUGAUCAAUACAAAAGCUUGCAGUGUUUUUCAGAUUCAGAAAAAACACCCAGAGAUGGCGAUGUGAAACUAUUUGGGAAGAUACUAACUAUUCCUUCAUCCACCCAGAAGCCUGUAAGUUCCAAGGGUAAUGAAGAAAACUGUACCCACCGUCCAAAGUUAAGCAGUGCCUCUUCUAGUCUGAAACUAACCAGCCUUGAUAAUGCUGGUGGAAAAUCAGCUAUUUUGAAGGUUGAGCAUGACGAUUGCCGGGGCAUUAAAAAUGUUCCCGUUACGAGUUAUCACGUCGAGAACAAAAUACAUCCCGAUUGUUCAUCACUGCCUGAUUCUGCCAUUUUGCUUGCGAAAUAUCCUGCAGCAUUUAGUAGUUAUUCCACAUCUGCCAUCUUAGAGAAAGAGUCAUUACAGGCAUUGGCCAAGAAUGAUAAACAUCAUCUGAAUGGAGCAUCUUCUUUUACAACUAGAGAAGUCAAUGGAUGCAAUGGUGUGAUUGAUUACCAGAUGUGUAGAGAUAGCGAUGAUCAGAAAGAAGUGCUCUCUGACAUGCAGAGAAGAAAUGGUAUCGAAGCAAUCUCAUCAUGUUUACAGCGGCAGGGUAAGGGAAUGGUUGGAACAAAUGGUGUUGGGAAAGCAGACAUUCUUGUUGGAGGAUCCAAAAGUGUCAUCGUCUCGGAUCCUGAGUUUGUUGGUCAAACUGGGAGUGUAAUGAAAGAGGAUGAUUUGGGUAGUUAGAUGUGUUCAGCUGCAACAGCACCCUGUAUUAUAGCUUUUCUAAGCCUGAUUUAUUUUUUUAGGCAAUGUAAUAGGUGUACAAUAAUUUUAAUAUGGCAGCUGCCAUGUGUUUGUUGUAUUUUGAUAGAAAUUCUUGAAUAAUUUCUGAGAAUAUUUAUUGGCGAUUGCCAUUUUGGUUCCCUUAACCCUAUCAAUGCAGAUUUGGACAAUGAAUUGCAUGGACAA